UUUUAUUGAAUUAUAUAGAUCAACGAUAUGAACGAGCAGGAUAUUAUCGACUCACAACGCGAUCUCACUCUUGAAGAUGUAAAAGAUCAAUUCAAGUUACAAAGCUAUCAUGUGGAUCGGCUACCUAGUUUUGUUUCAGAUACGGAUGCGGUGGUGGAUACGAUUAGAAAAUGUAUGAAUUUAACAUCAGAUCUUAUUGGUGAUUUAGAAGAACGCGGUCAUUCUGACCUAACAGCAUCAUUAGAAGCCGGUCUGAAGGAAACUAUUGAUUUGGAACACGCUAUUAAGACGCAAAAGGAUUUGUUUCUCCAACUUCAAGCAAAUGUACGACAAGGCGUGGAUAUUGGUAAUGGAUUGGAUCAUUAUAAUGAAGCCUGGGGCAAGGAAAAACAGAGAUACGACGGGUUAGCAGACAAGGACAAAUAUCAUCGUCAUGAAAAAUACAACGAAUUUAAACAGCUGGUCUGGAACGUGAAACACCCGGAUAUACCUAUGCCAAGUUUGGGUGAAAUGGAAAAUAACCAUGGUGAUAACGAUGAUGAAUUGAUUGUAGCAGCUACAAAAAAAUCAUUGAAAUGUCCUUUGACUACCACGUGGUUAGUAGAACCUAUGACAAGCAAAUCUUGCAAACAUACAUUCUCAAAAGAUGCUAUUUUUGGUAUGAUCAAACGAAGCAAUGGACAAAUAGUUGAAUGCCCUGUGCCAGGAUGUCGACAAGCACUAGGAAUGACGAGCUUUUAUGAAGACACUCUAAUGGAACGUUUGGUAACCAAGGCAAAACAUAACCAAGGCUCAGAAAAUGGAUCAAGUCAGUUCCAUGAUGUAGAAUAGAAGUAUAAAUAUAUAUUUAUACGAUCCUUUUUUUUUCUGUACAUACGAAUCAAUCAAAAAAGAAUGAAUCCAAACUCAAUAAAUAAAUAAAUACAUAUAUCAGAGCUUUCUUUUGUC